GUUUCGGUCGCAAGCCAAACAUUUUCAUUUUCAUUUUACUCAUUAAAAUAGAAAUAGCAAAUAAAUAGAGCAGCUUUAUCAGUCGCUAACCGUUGCUUGCAGUGCACACAUAAUAGUAAAUAACGAUAAAAGAAAUAAUACUCUCGUAUUGAAAAGAAAAAGUAUUUGUGGCAAGUGCAUCAUCCCAAAAAUUGAAGUUGAAGUUGCAAGCAUCUCUCUCCCAGAUAAUAAUUAUCAACGUUCCCGUUACCAGCAGAAUGUCUGACAACAAUAUCACCACCGAUAUCAGAGGCGGCGGCAAUGGCAGCAGCAAUAACAACACCAACAACGCCAUCAAGCCUGCUGCCUUAAGCACCAGCAGCAGCAGCUCGUCCUCCGCCAUAACGGAUGAGUUGCUCCAAAAGUGGCGCGAGAAUUUCUACAGUCAUCCGAAGAAUUUGCUGGCGCAGAACGUCUGCUCCCGUGUGGAUCCGUUCGAUGUGUGCCUGUCGCGUAAGGCACUGGAGACGACCAAUCAUGUGUUCAACUACAAGGUGGAAACGGAGGGCAAACCGAUCACCAAUCAACGCAGCUCCGGUCGCUGUUGGCUCUUUGCGGCGCUCAAUUGCAUUCGCCUGCCGUUCAUGAAGAACUACAACCUGGAUGAGUUUGAGUUCUCGCAGGCAUUCCUCUUCUACUGGGACAAAAUCGAGCGUUGCAAUUACUUUCUCAAUAACAUUGUGAAGACGGCGCAGCGCGGCGAAAAGGUCGAUGGGCGACUCGUUUCGUUUCUGCUGCUAGAUCCAACCUCCGAUGGCGGCCAAUGGGACAUGCUGGUCAAUCUGAUAGUCAAACACGGUCUGAUGCCAAAGAAAUGCUUUCCGGAGAGCUUUAGCUGCGAGUCCAGCAUACGCCUGAAUGCCAUACUAAAGAGCAAGUUGCGCGAAUAUGCGCGUCACUUGCGAGUGCUGCUGGAGCAAAAUCCGAGCGAGGAAGAGAUUGCCUUGAAGAUACAGGAUCAAAUGGCCGAGAUUUACAAGGUGGUUGGCAUAUGCCUGGGCAUUCCAGCCGAGAAAUUCACCUGGGAAUACUAUGAUAAAUCGAAGAACUAUCAGUCAAUUGGACCGAUCAGUUCGCUUGAGUUCUACGAACGCUAUGUGAAGCCGCACUUCAAUGUCGAGGACAAGGUGUGUCUCGUUACCGAUCCGCGUCCCACCAGCAGCUACGAUCAAGCCUAUACAGUGGACUGUUUGGGCAAUGUGGUUGGUGGCCGACCCGUGCUAUACAAUAAUCAAUCCGUCGAGCUGCUCCUGGCCAUGGUCACAAAAUCACUGAAAGCCGGCGAGGCUGUUUGGUUUGGCUGUGAGGUUAGCAAGCGUUUUGCCUCCAAGCAGGGCAUCGAGGAUGUUGACGUCCACGAUUUCAAGCUGGUCUUCGACAUCGAUAUACAAACAACAUUCUCGAAGGCGGAUCGUCUGAUCUAUGGUGAAUCUGCUAUGACACACGCCAUGGUCUUUACUGCCGUCUCUGUAGAUAAAAAUGGUGUGGCGAACAAACUGCGCGUGGAGAACUCAUGGGGCGAGGAUCGUGGAGAGAAGGGAUAUCUGGUGAUGUGCGCCGAUUGGUUCAGGGAGUUCGGCUUUGAGGUGGUUGUCGACAAGAAAUAUGUGCCCGAGGAUGUGAUGCGUGUCUUUGACAUGGAACCCAUUGUACUGCCCGCCUGGGAUCCCAUGGGCACGUUGGCGCAAUAGAAUGCUCAUUCAGCCAAAUGGAAAAGCUUUACAUUAACACCAACAAACGUUAGCACUACAAGCAAUAAUCCGCUAAAUUCAAGUUUACCAACAUAUACUUAUUGAUGAUCGAUCAACAUUUUUUUUUUUUGGCCAUAAUCAUGUUUAUGUCAAAUUAUAGCCAGUCGUCUUCUAUUAUACUCUAUUAUUAUUA